GUCUCCUCCAUUGCACAUCCAUAAUAGCAGACUGGUGCAUCAGCUGCUGAACCUGUCCCAGCUGUGUGAUGACGCCGGAUACAGAGCCCUGAUCUCACAUUCCCAGUGUGUCUGCCGUCGCGUCACUGAUGCUUCCCGAAGAUGAGGGAAUUGAGCAUCUUCAGGGCUCUCUUACUGCACAGAAAACCAGGAUAUUUCCAGAGUCUCAAUAAAUGAUAAUGUGCCGCUGGCUGCCGAGGGCUGAGGUGGGAGACAUUUCUGCGUAGCCUGUUUCCGUGGUCAUUUACUUUGCAGACUACUGAAUCUUCCCUUGGGAAGGGUAUUUGAAUUCUCUGGUCCUGUGUCCUACAGUCCUCACUGAUCCUUAUACACAGAUGGGGACUACUGAGGCCACACUGCGCAUGGAAAAUGUUGAUGUAGAAGUGAAAGAAGAAUGGCAGGAUGAGGACUUUCCUAGGCCUCUCCCUGAAGACAAUGGAAUGGAUACCCUUGGCACGCCCACAGAAGACAUUACCUCCUCCCCGCCAAGCACGCUAAACGUCAGUGACUCCCAUCGCAAGCGGAAAACACUUGUAGCUCCGGAGAUUAACAUCUCACUGGACCAGAGUGAGGGCUCUGUCCUUUCUGAUGACUUCCUAGAUACACCAGAUGAUCUGGAUAUAAAUGUAGAUGAUAUUGAGACUCCAGAUGAAACAGAUUCAUUGGAGUUUUUGGGCAAUGGAAAUGAUCUGGAAUGGGAAGAUGACACCCCUGUUGCAAGUGCCAAGAAUAUGCCUGGAGAUAGUGCGGACUUAUUUGGAGAUGGAGCAGUGGAAGAGGGGGGCACUACAAAUGGACGCUUGUGGAGGACAGUAAUUAUUGGGGAGCAGGAACAUCGCAUUGAUUUACAAAUGAUAAAACCAUACAUGAAGGUGGUAACACAUGGAGGUUACUAUGGCGAGGGUCUUAAUGCCAUCAUUGUAUUUGCUGCGUGUUGUCUACCAGAUAGCAGCUGUCCAGAUUACCAUUACAUCAUGGAGAAUCUUUUUCUCUAUGUGAUCAGUAGUUUGGAGCUGCUGGUGGCAGAGGAUUACAUGAUUGUUUACCUGAAUGGUGCCACACCUCGGAGGAGAAUGCCUGGGUUAGGAUGGUUGAAGAAAUGUUAUCAGAUGAUAGACAGAAGACUAAGAAAAAAUCUGAAAUCUUUAAUCAUCGUCCAUCCAUCCUGGUUUAUCAGGACAGUAUUGGCCAUCUCCAGACCAUUUAUAAGUGUGAAAUUUAUCAAUAAGAUACAGUAUGUGCACAGUCUGGAGGACUUGGAACAGAUCAUUCCUAUGGAGAAUGUACAUAUCCCUGAAUGCGUCUUGCAGUAUGAUGAAGAAAGGAUCAAAGCUAGGAGAGAAAGGACAGAAGAAAAGCAAGUUAAUGUGGAAAACACAAGCAUUCCACAAGCUGAAGAUUUGUCUUGUAAAUGAAUUCUAGCAAACAAGAAGAUCUCUGUGCACAUCACCAUGAAAUCAACCUUUGAAGAUCCCAACUGUAGCAUCCAGUUUACAUUUUUAUUUCAAAACCAUUUUGCCUGACUACACAUUCUUUUAUUAUCCAAGACUAUUAAUUGAUGUAGUCAGUUUCCUAGAGUGAAAAAUGGGUUUCCAGCAUUACUUCUUAAUUGAUGGAUUCUCCUUUCAAAAAUAGUUUGGGAUGAAAUAUUUUGAUCAUCAAGUUUAGAAUUGUAUCCCUCAUGCAUGUGAGAAUGCCAGCCCUUUUCACUAAACCUAUUUCCACUGAACGAGAAAGGAAGAUUAUGUUUUACGUUUACAUGUUUGGUAGUACAUACGGGAUUAGUAUACAAGUAUUACAGGAAGAAUAUUCAUUAAUGGAAUGUUUGGAGACUGUAGAGAUGUUUAUAUUGACUUUAAAAAAUACUAAAAUGGAAAUAUCACAUUUAAUUGCUUAAACUUUAUUACUUUUGAAUAUUUGCCAUGCAAAAGCAAGUGGCAAGUAUAUCAGUUUUGGGCAAGCAAACAAACAAACAAACAAACAAAUGUAGGAGUUAUGUAACAAUCAAAAUACAUAACUUAUUAUACCAGUGGCCUAUCAAUAUUAUAUAGUCAUAUCAGAAAUACCAAGUAUUCCUCAUGUGGAUUGGGCGUUUUCAUAUCGAAUAUCUAAUUGCCCACAACAUUCGCAGCCCAGAAUGCCCACAUGCAGCAUUUUCUCUUGCAAUAAAGUACUACUAACAAAAUCCCUACUCAGAACAAGCACCUACAGUAAGGCUUUAUAGCUUACAUAUACAGUAAGUGCUCAUUCUGCUAGUACUAUGUUAGCGAACUUUCAAAGAUAUAUUUUAUUUUUGCUGAAAUGUAUUGGAUGGAAUAUGGUUCUAGGUAAUUGACCAAAAUGAUUUAAGCUGAAAACAAAUCUGAGACAUUGCUGAACAAAUCUGAGACAUUGCUGGGUGACUAUGAUGCAGUACAUAUUGCGAGUACCAACAAAUAAAUUUCUGUAUGUAUGUAUGUAUGUAUGUAUGUAUGUGUAUGUAUGUAUGUAUAUAUAUAUAUAUAUACAUACAUACACACACACACACACACACACACACACACACACACACACACACACACACAUUCUGUUAUGCCCCUGAAAUUACAAGACCAUUACUACAAAAUAAACAUUUUAUUUGUAUGUUUAUAA